AUGCGGGGCCCGCAGGCGCCACUGUGGGCAUGGCUGGUGGGGCUCACCAUGGUUUACACCUGUUGCUUCUACUUGUACUGGGGCGACGAAUUUUUGUCGAGAGGCGGGUCGGGCUUUUUCUUGGGGCGGCCAGAGGGAGCUGGUACGGAGCCUCCAGCCGAGGGCUCUGGGGAGGCUCACGAGGACUGCUGGGCGGACUUGUCCGUCAUGUCGCUGAACGUGGAGGAGUUUUUCGAGCCCUGCCUGCGGCGCCUGAAGAGGUGGCAGGGGACCUCGGGCGGCGGCAGUAUCGACGACUUCGCGCGCCAGUACCCAGACGUCCUCGAGGCCGCGUUUGUGAUGCGGCACGGGCCCUCUCCCGCCACGCCGGAUGCGUGCGGGAACCAGAGCGCCAGGCAGUGGGGCAACGCCACCGUCGCGGCCGUGCGCGAGCUGAUCCUGCGCGCUGCCGCGGACGUCGUGCUGCUGCAGGAGCACGCCCUGACCCGCUCCGCGGUCGUGCCGCGGGGCUACCGGCUGGCGGUCGUGGCCGACACCGGGGAGCCGGGGUGGAAGGACGUGCGCCUGGCCAACGCCGUGCUGGUGCGGGAGGGCCUCGACGUGCUGGGGUCGUUCGCCAUCUCGGGGGGCGUCGGCCGAUCGCUCGAGGAGGAGAGCAAGUCCUGGAGAGCCCUCGUCGCC